GUACUUCUUCUACUUCAGUGAGAACCUAAAAACACCCUUUCAGAUCUCUUAUUAUUUUCUGUAAGAGACGGUGUUUGUCACUCACAGUUUCCCCCUUUCUCCUCUCAAGUCUCAACUCCCGCCCUGUAACAUACACUCUCUCUUUCUCUCUGUAGGGGGAAUCCAUGGAAGAUGUUGUGAGGAAGUUCUUCACCACAUCAAUGCUUAUGUGGAUAGCUCCAAUCGUGAUUCUAUAUGGUUUUAACAACAACUUAUUUCCUGGGUCAAAUCAAUUGUCUUCUCAUUCCUUAACGAUUUUGAGCGGAUUGCUUGCUGUUAUCUCUGUCAAUAUUGUAAUUGCAUUCUAUAUUUAUAUGGCGAUGAAAGAGCCCUCCAAUAAGCACGAGCCUGAUCCUGCUUUUCUUGCCGAAGCUAAAGCAAGUAUCAAGCAGCAACAGCCCACUCCAACUGAAACUGAAGAUCUUUCCCGAGAUCGCCAGAAGCAUGAGUAGAGAUGGAAACGUGCAAUGACCAGGAAUUUUUGGGUGCACUUUCUACAAACUUGGAGUGGACUUAUUUGAGUUCUACUGCAUUUAUAGUCCAAUGAUUGUACGAUUGCUUCUCAAUGUUGUUUCCAGGCUCUACUUUGUUAUCAUUGACUCGGCUGUAUUUAGAUAAUAAUAAUAGGUCCCUGCAUAACAAGGUCUGGAACCACCAUUUGAAUAUCAGUUGGCCCCGAUUUUAGACCAAUUGCUGGAGGUACCUAUCUGCUGCCAGCCUGCCACGGCCCUGAUCAUUUGCAUUUAUGAAUAUACUGAUGUCAGUGAUGUGAAUGGGUGGAGAAGGUUGGUAGGGCAUUUGUUUUGUGUAAGCACGACUCUCCAUGAUGCUUAACUACAGAGUAAGAAGUUUGUUUUGAAUAAAAAACUGGAUUGAAUUGAAUAGCAAGCUUCAGUGGUGGAAAGGUAUAUAGAUACCGGGAAACUACAGAAAGUGGACCAACAAAUUCGGAGGUGCAGAUCAAAUAUUAGGUAAUU